GCCGACCCCUGCGUAAACAGGCAAAUCUACGACGAACUGUGGUCUGGCAAACCGGGUCCAACGGAUGGAGAAGUAAAGGGUCGGACAAGUUGACGCCUGCAGGGUCCAAAGGUCAAGAGAUUUGGUCCCAGCGUCUGACGUUCCCGAGUCGGGGUUAGGACAUGAUGGCUAUCCCAAGCGCUUGUGUCGCUCUGCCCUCCACCCAACCUUCAAAAUAACCCUUCCCCCGUGCUGCCACUCACCGUUGCAUGCGUUAGCUUCCUACUUGCCCGCCAUCGCGACUAGUGCGGUUGGUGAAGUUCCGACGAGAGCAGCGGUCAAUGGGUCACGUUCCUCAUAUUGGCUGCCCUGCCCCAACAUUUUGCCAAAAGCUUGUCAAUUUUCUCCUCCACCUCUCGAUCACACCCCUACCGCCGGGGAUGAAGGUGGAACAGCAACACCAGAGAAUCCACCGUGACCGUCGACGUCCGAUGAAAAGCGAGACAUAGCAUUACGAUGGCGGGAACACUUAUACCCCCGUGGUAUGUCGGCUCGACACCAACAAACGAUGAACAGAACAUAGCGAGCAUGUUUUGGGGGUUCACGCUUGGAGUCGGCCUAUGGAGCGGAGUCAAGGGCUAUCGACAAAGUAGGGCCAGUUGGAACAGGACACACAGAGUCAACAUCUACAUAUGGUUGAUUUGGGCGGAAUGGAUCGCCAGUAUAGUCAUCGGCAUCAUAUCCUGGUGCUACUUGACAUCCAUCAUUGAUCCAAGCUUUGAAUACUUCUUUUUCCUACUCGUAUUGUGGACGAUCCAGGUACAAUGUCUCAUGCAAAUCAUCGUCAACCGAAUCGCAAUUUUGAUGCCGAUACCUGCACAAGCCACAAGACUGAAAUGGGGAGUCUUUGGCAUCCUUUUGGCGGUCAACAUCAGCGUCUUCUGUAUCUGGAUUCCAGCUCGACUGCAGAUCAACGAGACUUACAUUCACAUCAACGAGAUCUGGGACAGGAUAGAAAAGGGCAUCUUUCUUCUUGUGGAUGCUGGACUGAACCUCACCUUCAUCUAUUUGGUCAAGUCGCGGCUGAUUGCUAGCGGCUUGACCAAGUACACGGCGCUCUUCAGAUUCAAUCUAGCCAUGAUUGCAGUCUCAAUGUCACUUGAUGUCAUCCUCAUUGGACUCAUGUCCCUGCCGAAUACUUUGAUCUAUGCCCAGUUCCACCCGCUAGCCUAUCUACUCAAACUACAUAUCGAGAUGGGCAUGGCAGAUCUGAUUGCAAAGGUCGUCAAGGCCUCAAACCCCAUGCGCCCACACGCCGAAACGAGGAGAGACAGCAACGAAGGAGCGCCAGACGCGAACAAGAACUCAUUGUCAAAGUCGAGAUCCAGACGAUUCUCGAUGCCCUACGUAGCUGGCAGGUGGAUGUUGAGCUCGGAGAAUGUGCAGCCCAAAAGAAACACCACAGGGCCAGAACUCGAGCUCGGUGUACAGGCCAAUACAUUCUCAGGAAGAGCGACAGAGCCAGAAACUACGCCCCGCCCUCGUUCGCUCUCUCGUCACAUAACUGAACCGAAUGGUAUACCUGGGCUGGGUAUGACUCCACAGUCAAAGACUAGUCGCCAGGAUUCUAGUAGUACUGUGAGGGAGCAGGACCAGGAUGUUGCGUGGUAUGUUUAAUUGAAAAGCCCGGAAUAACAUGAUACCCAGGGAGUUCAAGGAAUCAAAAAGACGGCGGUCAUGCGGAUUAGAGCAUUUAGCGGAGUAGGAGCAUUGUCACACAACUGUGAAAGCGAUUUAUCUUUAUC